AUGAAGGUUGAAAAAUGGAAUGUACCACACUAUAAUCCGAGGAUUUACGAGACAAAAAAGUGGCAGGAAGUCGUUUAUCGUUCACCACUGUUCACUUUGUUCAACAAUCAUAACGUGAUUUACAUUGACAGUCCAGUUGGUACUGGCUACAGUUUCACCGACAACAACCACGGAUACGCAAGAACUGAAUCAAAAAUCUACAAAGACCUAUACUCUGGAUCGCUGCAGUUCUACCAACUAUUCCCGGAGCUCCAAAGCAACCCUCUGUUUAUCACCGGUGAAUGUUACGCUGGUAAAUACAUCCCUGCCUUUUCGUACCUAUUCCACCAGAAGAACCCCACUGCUAAGAUCAAAAUCAACCUGGAAGGUAUCAUCAUCAUCGGCAACGGUUUCGUGGAUCCGAUCAAUCAAAUGAACUUCUGGAACCACUUGCACGAAAUUGGACUGCUGGAUCUGAACGGUAAGGUUAGAUUUAACUUGUACGAAGAGAAAAUAAGGUCCUUGAUCAAAAGCAAUCAACUUACAACCACUGCAGAGGUUCUAGAUGAACUUCUCUUCAAUUUCCCUUCUGUGCUUUCAAAUCUAACUGGGUUCCAAAGCUAUCCUUACAAUUAUUUGGACAACCAAAAUCCAGAUGACUGGAAUGCGUUGGUGGAAUGGAUUCAAAGGCCUGAUGUUCAAUCUGCUAUUCAUGUUAGCGAUCACACUCCUUUCAUGUCAAUUAACCAAACAAUUCUUGAAUACUUGCUGCAUGAAUUCAUGAAAUCAGAAGCUGAUAAGCUAGCUAAGCUGCUUCCUGAUUACAAAGUUGUCUUUUAUAAUAGACAAUUGGAUAUGGUUAUUCCUUAUUCUUCUAUAGAGAAUGUUUUGCUGAAUUUACAGUGGGAAGGAAGUGAUGAGUUAAAAAAUGCUUCUAGAAGUGUUUGGUGGAGUGGGGAUGAGUUAGUGGGGUAUGUUACGAAAGUAAGGAAUCUAAGUGUUGUGCUAAUUCGUAAUGCUGGACAUGCUUCUGGUAUUGAACAACCGAAGUGGGUUUUAGAAGUGAUCACUUAA